AUGUCGUCUGAAACUAACAGAGCAUCAAAACCUCAACCUUCCAGAAAGGGAAGAAAAGCAUGGAGGAAGAAUAUCGAUAUCCAAGAUGUCGAAUCCGGAUUACAAACUGCCCGAGAGAAGGAAAUCUUAUUAGGGACAAAUCAUACCGAAGAUUUUAUUAUUGAUGAAACCCCAACUGAAGCAAGAAAGUCCACAGCUAAGAAAUUAAAAACUCAUGAGAUCUUGACUAAUAAAUCCAAGAUUCCCGCUUUGUUGGUUAAAUUAUCAGGAGGGAAAUAUAAGAAUGAAUCCCGGACUCUUGCACGUAUUGAAAAAGACGGGUUGAUUAAUGUUUCUAAUAAAGAUAUCUGGGAUGAACCAGAAGUACCAGAACAACAACCAGAAGACAAAUUACCUGAAGAAUUCACAUCAACUGCAGAAGUCACCCGUGCGACCGUUGUCCCCAAGACAUUAAAAAAGGCGCCCAUAAAGAUUACUGAGAAUGAUUUGACUGAGAAGGUGGUACAUGCUGGGAAAUCAUAUAAUCCAUCUUUGGAAUCUUGGAAAGAUUUGAUAAAUAAGGAAUAUGAUGUUGAAUAUAAACGUGAAUUAACUAGACAACAAAUGGAAGAACAUAGAGAGAAGAUUAAGGCUUUGACUCAGACACUUGAUGAUAAUAUGUUGUCUGAUAGUGAUGAUGAAGAAGAAGAAGAAGAAGUAGCUAAAGUUGAAGAAAAUGAUGAAGAGGGUGAAGAUUUCAAAUUGUCGAUAAAUAAACCGACUGUUGUUAAGAUCAAGACGAAGACUAAAAGAAAUAGAGAAGCUAAACAUAAAAAGAGGGUAGAAUUAGAACAGAAUUUGAAGGAUUUAAAGAAACAAUUAAAGGAUUUGUCCAACUUGGAUGAAUUGUUACAAAAGCAACAAAAGGAAGAAGAAGAAGACGCAAAGAAAGAAGAACCAGCUACAAAGAAACAAAAGAAGGAUAAGAAAUUGUUUAAAUAUAACCCAGUUCAACGUGCUUUAGAAGUGAAAUUAUCUCAUGAAUUAACUAAUAAUUUGAAAAACUUAAAACCGGAAGGAAAUUUAUUUUAUGAUCAAAUGUUAAGUUUACAAUCAAGUGGGAAGAUUGAAGCAAGAGUUCCAGUUGCAAAGAAAAAGAAAUACACACCUAAAGUUACUGAAAAAUGGACCUAUAAAGAUUUUAAAUAG